CUCCGCCUCAAGAAGCUCCGCCGCAAGGGCGGCGGAGAUGGUGGUGCUGAGAACGGAGCCGGCGGUGGGAGCUCAACGGUGGUGAAGGAGAUUUUCGGUGGUGCGCUGCAGAGCCAGGUGAAGUGCCUGUGCUGUGGAUAUGAGUCGAAUAAGGUCGAUGAGAUAAUGGAUAUUAGCCUUGAUGUUUUCCAUAGUAACUCGCUUAGAGAUUCAUUGCAAAAGUUCUUCCGGCCUGAGGUUUUAGAUGGGAACAAUAAGUACAAAUGUGAUAGUUGUAAGAAAUUAGUGCCGGCAAAGAAGCAGAUGAGUAUACUCCAAGCGCCUAAUAUUCUUGUUAUACAGCUCAAGAGAUUUGAGGGCAUAUUGGGGGGCAAGAUUGAUAAGGCUGUUGCAUUUGAAGAGGUUUUGUUACUUUCUAGCUUCAUGUGCAAAGCGAGUCAGGAUCCACUACCAGAAUAUAAGCUUUUUGGUACUAUUGUGCAUUCAGGCUACUCCCCGGAGUCUGGUCACUAUUAUGCCUACAUAAAGGAUGCAAUGGGUCGAUGGUAUUGUUGUGAUGAUUCUUGUGUAACAGUUGCAAGUUUGCAAGAAGUUUUGUCAGAGAAGGUUUAUAUUCUUUUUUUCUCUCGAACUACUCAAAGGCCAGCGUUAGUUAAUGAUUCUCUUGUUUCCAACGGCGUAAAGCCUCAUCACUCCAAUGGGAGUCAGGCAUCUGAAAGUGCGAAGGUUGAGGCACCAUUGAAAGCAGUGCAUUCAAAAUCAAAUUCUGAGCAAUCUACUUGGAAGGAUAUGCCAAGGGUAUCUAAAAUUAGUAAAGGGCCUUCUAGCUCAAGAGUGAAGUUUGACAUUAAUGGAAAUUCUGCUUCCAAGAGAAGUCCUGCUCCUGCAACUGUCAAUGGGAAAGUGGACAUUUCUAAGAAUCAGCUUGUGGUAAUUAAUGGGCAUGUGAAGGACACAGUUUCUUUGGAGAAUGUUGAUAUGCAUUUUGCCAAAUCAGAUCCAACGGUAGACAAUAAUAGAAGCACGGUAACAACAGGUAAGGGGCCAGAAAACUUUAAGCAAGAAAGCAAUGGCCACGGUGAACCUAAAAUAUUGGGGAAGAGGAAAGUACAGGAUACUUCAAGCAUUUUGCUUGCACAUGAUGGUCAGUCUCGAACAGAAGUUGAAGAGUUGAAAGACAUUCUUGCAAAAGAAGCCAAGUCUGCUUUGAGGUCAUGUGGCUGGACAGAAAACGUUUUUAACUUCAUGCGAUCUAGAAAGAGGUUACGAGCACAAGAAGCUGGUCAUAUAACAGGUGCAGACGAGAUAAGGAGGUCAUUAAUAAGAGAUGCGAAGGGAGCUUUCUUAUCUAAGAUUCCUGAGUCACUGAGGAAGGAUCUGAUUGAACGUCUCCGGUCGUUUAGCCAAGAUAAAUAGUACAAUUUGAAGGGUCCUGAUCAGAAAUGCAUGUUGAUAAUGCCAGCGAGGCUUGGUGUGUAUAGACUGUAUUACUAAUUAAGGUGGUGAUGGUUGUCGUACCACACUGGAUGCUAUGUUUAUUGCUGUUACAUAUUGACUUUUGAGCUGGUUUUGGAGACAGAGGCAAGAGUACGUGGAGAUUGUUUCAUUCAAUGCUUCCCUACUGUUUCACGUCUCAGCCAUGAGUUUUCUUUCUCAGUGGAGGAUAUGCAGCUCUGUGAAUCGGGUGUAGAGGCUUUCGGGAAUUCUAUUCAUUUGUACAAUAUUUGGUUUAAUCUUGUUUUUGGAGCAAAAUCAUAUUUUUCUAUAGAAUUGCUCAACAAAUUUUGAAUCCAAGAUGAGGCAGGGUAUGGCUUGUUGAAAAGUUAUGAUCAUUGUGACUGUACACUACGUUAUAAGAUGAGAAAUUCUAAAGUGUAGGCAGAAGUUACAAAUUUUGUUAGACGAUAAUAUAUGGUUUGGUACUCCUAAAACUUGAAACGCUAUUUAUUUUGUUGAUGCAGCAGUUUGAUUUCCAGUAA